ACCUAAAAGCCAUAUUGACAUCAAGAACAUUGAUCCAGUCUUUGCAUUGCCACUCGUUACUCUACUUCUGCCAUGGAAGAUCUUCCACAGUGGUUCCAACCACGACUCUGGUCUUUCAACAAAAUGUGACCGCCACAUCAACUCAAAUACAGAAUAUGAAAAUGACAGUAUUAAAUAUGGCAUGCCUUACUUCCUUGUUAUAAAAUGGGUAACUUGGGUCUAA